GAUAGUUUCUGUUGAUCGCAGACAGGCCAUUUUGGUGAUUGCUGUGAGAAACAAGUAUCCCACAGAUCACCAACAUUAUCUUCUGAUCAAAAGCCCAGGACAUGAGUAGUUCGGUUCUAAAGUCUGGUGCAACUCACAGCACCCGAACCGCAUCACAUCUCCCUGCACAGCUGCCGAUCAUCAGGAGCCUGAAGAUCUCCCAUAAGUGUCAAAAGCUUGCGCCCCGAUCUGACAGGCAACCUCUACACAAACCUCAAGCCUUUGCAUUUGGUGGUGUCUCAAACACCACAAGGAGCUUGGAAUCUCAGAUCGACGAGCUUGAAGGCACUUCCACCUUGCAGCCUGAACAGGAGAGUUCAGACCUCUUGACGCUCGAUGAGGUGCAGAGCAUUGCAGCCCGGAGGGGGCUCUAUUUGAAUGCCCGCACUCUGGGUCCCUUCUACAGAAUUGUGAUAAGAGACAGGGACGAAGAUGGCCCAAUAAUGGCAGUCAGCUCUGGCUUCACGGUGCCGGCCAUGGGUCUCAUGCACUGCGACUCCCUGGAAAUAUUCACGCGAGGGGUGCGCGGGAGUGAAGGGGAGCGGUUGAGAGGGGGAGUGUUGGGGCUGGGCCUGCUGAUGGGAGGCGCAGUGUUCAGCUUCGGCCACAGCGUCGGCUGCACCAAGGCAGAGAUCCUCGCCAUCAAGGACGAUGAUGCGUGGCACAAGAGGCUGGUGCGCUACUACAGCUACUUUGGCUUUGAGCGCGUGCGUGCAGUGGGAGACAGUGGCUUGAGAGACCUGCCAGACCUCCUUGUGUGGGGAGGCGUAGGCAUGCGGAUGGAUGCUGACAUAGAGGACUUGCUCAGGCGAUGGACGGCUGCAAUCCGCCGAUCUGACCGCUGAGCAGUGCACUGAAACAAGGAACAUGCAUGGAUCGAGCGAUGUCAACUCAGUGGUUUCAGUGUCAAUAUAUCAAUAUUGACUCCCAAAUACUGGGGCAGAAAAAUGUUGUAUUGUGUAUUCAUAAGGCCAGAUCUACUGUCUGGUGUUUAAAAGUGUUUGCAAGCCUUGUCCAUCGCACGAAAAUGUACAAAGUAUCCAGGCCUAACCUAAAUUUAAUGAGUCUGCUGG